CUUUUAACCGUCAUGUCAUGUGAUCUGAUGUGGCGUGCCAUGACCUUGACUAGCUACGUAUGACGGACGAGACCAGCCAGGAGGGCAGCACACACAACACUCUUUUGGCCAGCCAGUUGACGUCGCCUGCCAGCCAGCCAGCCAGGGAGCCAGCCAGCUAGCGACCGACCGACCAUGCCAUGCCUCACUUGUACAGAGAGAGGACCUGACUGCGGUUAUCUAUCGCAUCGAUCCGAUCCAUUCAUAUGUAUGCACUCAACAAACAAACCAUGCAUGCAGCGGCACGUGUGUGUGUCUUCAUCGCUGAGCCUCCAUCCAUCUAUCCGUCAGAGCUAUCAAAAAACAAAGCGCCAUCACAUCACGUCACGUCACGACGGAAGAGCACCACUUCACCAGUCAGUCAGUCUACAAUCCAACGCUGCUCUCCUUCCAGCCCAGCCAGCAGACGGCUCUCAGUGAGAGGAUUGAGUCGCUGUUGCCUUGCAUCACUCACUUUAUUCCCACUCGAGACCACUCAGACCUGCACUCGCACACCGACAGCACAGCAGCCAUAGAGAGGAAUCUGUCGCUGUAGACGUCAGGGUGCGAUCGGCGAGCUGCUCACUGACCCUUGUCUCCGGCGUAUUUGAAGUGGAGUUCGCUGACGUCCUCCCCCUCUAUCAUGCGGCUCCACCCGUCCUUGUGCACGUGAUACACUGCAGACACACAGACAGACACCACCUUGUGCCCGAGUCUGUGUCUGUGUCUGUAUGUGGGUCGGUCGCUCUCGGGUAACACACCUCUGACGACGCCUCCGGAGCCGCCAUCCCUGUGAGUGGCGUGGUAGAUGGCACGGCGACCCAACUCAACCGCAUCCUCCACACUCAGGUCCCUGCACACACUCACACACACACACACACACAGAGAGCAGCGUGAUGGUGCAUCCGUCGCUCCCUCCUUGUUUGUGAGGGUGUGUGGCUGUGCUGUGCUGCCUGGCACCACUUGUAGUUGCUGUCGAGUAUCCCGUAUGCGUAUGUGGAUCCCGACCCCACACUGAAGCGGUCGCCCUUCAUGCGCUCGCCCUGGUCGUUGACAAAAUACAACUUGGGACCCUGACAGUCAAGACAGCCGCCCAGAGACCAGCAAACAAAGGGAGGCAUCCAUCGCAUCCAUCGACGAGGUGCGUGUGCGUUUGUUUAUAGGCCAGCUGGCCUGGCCCCCUCCCCACCGUUUUGUCCCAUCCCGUGAUCAUGGUGCCGGCGCUGAGUCCGUAGCCCCUGUACUUAUAGAAGAUCAUCGCCAGCAUCUUGGACGCUGCGGCAACCGAUAUCCUCUCCUACAGCAGGGAAUGCAUGCACACAGAUGUGCCAGCCAAAUAAGAACGUGAGUGACCGAGCCAUACAUUGAUUGCGCUCCACCUAUCUAUUCCUCCCUCCCCUCCCUCGCCCAGCUCACCCCGUUUCUGAGUUCGUGCAGUCGGCACUCCCUCGCCAGGUGCCGCUCCCAGAAGGAGCAGUCAGCCGCGCCGCCAGCCAUCGUCCCGAGCAGGAAGUCGUUGAUCUCCAGCACCUUCCGCACCGAUUGACUGCAUGGCGCACAAAUCAAUCACACACACAGGUGCAAAGGCUUCAUCCCUGGAAAGAGAUGAGACGCCCAGCCCACCUACCUGGAGAUGUAGGUGCCCAUGGAAGCUCGGCUGUCGACAGCGACGACGAUGCCGCCCUGGAAGACAAAGGCCAGUGUGGUGGUGCCCUUCUUGAAGUCCAUCAGACCCGGGCACUGGCCAGACGCCUUCAGGUCGUAGCAAAACGCAUGGGGCUGCACACAAUGCGACACACACACACCAAUAGAAACGGUUGCAGUCAGUGUUGUCGUCAUUGGCUGUGUGCCGGCUCUUGCUCUUAUGAGCUGCAUCCCAUCUCGGUCUGACCUUCCUCCUCCUCUCAGAUCUGCAGCACUCUGUCUGUCUGUCUUUGUGCUUACGUUGUCGACAGGGGCGAGUUCGAAUGUGUUGUCGUGCAGCGAUGGCAGCCGAGACUGCCGACGGUCUGGGGUCAUCAUGACGGGAGAUUUCCCCCUUCUGAUUCUGAUCUGACGACGAGCAGGUUCACGAGAUGUCCUAGGCAUUGUG